CUGGUCGCCAGGACCACCUGUACCGAGAUUAUGGCCCAAGUGAGGACCGCUGACACCGCUGUGAUGAUGAAUACCGACGUACCAACAGUCUCCUGCCAGCAGCUUAUCUUGAUUGCCCGCGCAGAUUCUUCAGCACGUUCCACAGGAAUCUCGGUGGUGAUCGAGGACAAAAACGGCCAGAGUGCUUUCUUGGCCCAUUUCAAAUAUUUUUCCAUCUGAGAUCUAAAAGGUGAGGUUUAAGAGACCUCUAACUAUCAAACGAACGCAGAACAAAUGUGGAACGCACCGACAGCAGUACACGAGAGCAAGCAAACGGAGCGAUGACAACGUCCACCGGAUGGAUCAUUUCCGUCGAUUUAAAAUCAUACUUCAAAAUCAUCGCUAGGAACGAAUGCGGGGAAUAAUAAAGGACAGGGGUUAGAGGCAGCGCGGGCCAAUAAUAGUGGAAAGAUGGGUGCGGAGUAUAAAGUUUCCGGACAUAUUAGCCACCCGUCGAAUUAGCGUUGCGAGAAAAUGCCCUACUCGGUGUCGAUCCCAGGGGUCCUCGCUGCGUUUUGGGGUGAACUGGAAAGAAGGGGGCACCCUUCGUGAAAGGGCGGUGCCCCGUACAAAAGGGGCCCUAAAGAAAACCAACCCCUGGGUGGAGUUAGCAUCCCGUAUAUAUGCUCUAACGCUGGCCCUUCGGGGUAGACCACGGCAAGCUAUCGAACUGCGAGGAUCUCUGUGCUUUUGAACGUCCGUCUUGAAAGUUUCCAGCGGUCUCGGUGAUCGCGUGAAAUUCAGUGAAGUCGGUGGGAAAUUUUGCAUCCCUCGGUGGUUACAGGAUUUAGUGAAAGUGUUAAUUGGAUAAAAGAUGUCGAGGAGUUUCCUGGUGGACUCGUUGAUCGGCAACAAUUCGCCUCCUGCUUACCCGUUGCCGUAUUAUGGAAACCACGUGCCGAACUAUAUGUUCAAUUUCUUCAAUUUGGGGCUCGGUUAUCAGCCGAUCAGGCCGGUACCGAGGCCACCGAUCCCUGUACCGGUAGCGCUCAGCCCACCUGUGAUGGCAAGCUUGCCGCCCGUACCUGGCCGGAGUCCUCCAUCGCCUUUAAACACCUCCACCAGCAUGCUCUCCGAUGUUUCAGCAGCUGGCGAGUCUCCUUCGCGGAACAGCACUCCGACGCCGCCUCCGAAAUCACCGAACUCCGUAAACAGUUCGAAGAGGAUUCGAACGGCGUUCACGAGUACCCAAUUAUUGGAAUUGGAACGUGAAUUUGCAUCGAACAUGUACCUGUCGCGGCUCAGGCGAAUCGAGAUCGCCACGAAUUUGAGAUUAUCCGAGAAGCAAGUGAAGAUCUGGUUCCAGAACCGAAGAGUGAAGUACAAGAAGGAGGACCUACCCUCCGGGCAGAGCCAGAAGUGUUGCUGCUUGAGAACGUGUAGCAAGAAGAAGGGUUGCGAGGAGUCCUCCAGUCGUAAGUGCGGCUCGGACGAGCCGAUGAAGGAGGAGAAAAUGGACGCUGAGAAGCCCGACCAGGAGGAAUCGUCCAAUCCGUUGACGGACAAUUUCGAGCAAUCGAUAACGUCGUUGCGCGACAACUCGCAGAUGCGGUUUCUGCAGGAAACGGAGAAAUUAAAUUUUCCGAGGGUCAACGUCGAUCGUCCCGGUUUCGAGGAUGUUCACAAUUUGUCCAGAGGUCUGAAGCGAAGUAUCGACGGCCCGGAGGACGUGGAUGACAAAAAGAGGCGAACCGAUAACGUUUAUCAGAAUGCGAUCCAGGACACGAUCGUCGGGCCGGUGUUCAGGAACGUGGGAUGCACCAAGCACACCGUGGAAAGAAUCGUCAAUUCGUAGAAAAUAAAGUAUAGAUUGCGUUCACUUCAGUGGAACCGUUUUCCGAGAUUACGUUCCACGAAUCGUUCCAUCUCACCGUGUAAUGUUCUGAACGGGAGGCUUGUAAAUAAUGUAAAUAUAUUUUUGUAGACAGAA